UUUAUAAACCAGUGGAACGCAUGUGGGCAAGAGCAUAGCAAAAUAUGACCCAGAUGCGCACACAGACAGCCUAGCCUAUCAAGCGAGAAAGGGAAAGCGCCAAAGCCAGAGAGAGAGAGAGAGAGAGAGAGAGAGAGAGAGAGAGAGAACAAAAGGGCGGAUGGGUUUGAUUGCAAAGGCCAAGAGCAACAACAGCAGCAGCAGCAGCAGUGAAAAUUGGGGUAUGGGUUUGCUUCUAGUUUUCUUUCCAGAAGACAACGGCACAGCCAUUGUUGACAGAAGUAACAUGCUUUUCUCUUCUUCAUCGUCCUCUUCCCCAUCUCCUUCCUCUUCAUCUUCUUCUUCUUCAUCAAAAACAUGCACAAUUUUCAGACGAACCAAUUCCAAUAAUCUCCUUUUGUCUAAAGCCCGAUCCACAAUUUCCAUCUGUGCCUUUUUGGUCUUCAUCACCCUUCUCCUCUUCACCCUCUCAACCUUUGAACCCACAACCAAGCCUCACCCACUCAUCACAACAGCCUCCAGAAGAUUUCUCUCCCAAAAAUCUCCACCCACCACCAACACAGGCCCCAAAUUACUCAAUAAACCCAAUGCCACCACAAACCCAAAUCACAGCUUCCUUCUCUCUUCCUCUUGGUUUGGCAAAAUGUGGAAGCAAAAACAAACCAACCCAAAUCUUGCUUCUCGCCGCCACCAAUUUGCUCUGCAAAAAAUGGGCACUCUGUACAGGCGCGGCACGAGAGCCAUGUCCGAUCUUGUGGUGGGCCAUGUCCAAGAGGACGUCACCGAAGACGACCUCCGCUUGUUUCUGAGGCUCCUGCACAGGUCCGGCCUCACAUCCAAAGCUGACGUGGCGCUCAUCUUUGCUUCUUCUUCUUCGAGAUUUGGCUCUGUAAUUGCAGAGGAGGACGACUCGUUUUUCAAGCUCAUUAACCAUUACAAGGAGCUGAACAGGACGAGUCGAAAACCCAGUUCGGGUUUCGACGUGGCUCCGUUUCUGAAGCUCGAGAAGAAGCAAAUUGAGGAGCCUCUGUGGGGGAAGAAGAGCACUAACUCGGAAGCUGAGUUGACUCAGUUGAGUUACGGCUCGGUUGUCGGGUUCGAGGCCGGUGAGCUUGACCCGGAGAACUCGCUUUCCGGGUUUCUAGACCACGUGGUCCCUAUGAGUCUACGAAGGUGGGCUUGUUACCCGAUGCUUCUCGGCCGAGUUAGAAGAAAUUUCAAGCAUAUUAUGUUAGUCGACGUCCAAAACUCGGUUGUACUCGGCGACCCACUCUGCCGAGUCAGGCACCAUAGCCCCGAGUCGGUUCUGUUAUUCACAAUGCCACCUGGUAAGCAUGGAAAGAAAAACUCUGAGUCAACUCCGUCCCACGGUCCCGUUAACUCGGUGAUUAUCACCGGCGGAGCUCGGGGUAUCCGCCGGCUGUCGAACACCGUGUUGACAGAAAUCGUUCGGGCUAUUAUGCAGCACAAGAGGAAGAACUCGGUCACGGAGUCAGGAAUUUUGAGUCAAAUUGUUGCCAACGCGUUCGUAGCGAAGAACAUCAAUUUGGUAACAUCUACUGAGUCAAUUCCGGACCCGAAUUCACUCGGCGCAGCGACUGGGUUGUCGGGUCACACUAUAAUCCAACGUGGUAAUAGUAACGCUCUGGAUCUAAAUUCUAUUAUUAUGAAGCAAAUUUGUUUAUCAGAAAUAGAUACUUCUGUCUAUAGGGAUUGUCAGGAAACAAUAAAAUAAGUUAGGGGAAAAAAUAGAAAUCUUUAUUAAGAUGUUGUCAAAAAAUUUCUUGCUUUUUCUUUGUUAAUUUCUUCCCUCCAUCCAUGGCCCCAAUUUUUGUUGUUACUUGUUUAUAAUAUUGAUUUAGCAAUAAAUUAAAUUCUUGUGUA